AUGACAAAGACAGCUAUCAUCAGCGGAGGAGCGAGAGGGAUUGGAAGGUGUCUUGUGCGUCGUUUCUGCGAGCUAGGUUACAAAGUUUACGUUCUCGACAUCGAUGAGGAGGAGCUAAAGCACACGGUCAAGAGCCACCUGAAGAAGUAUUCGGAUGCUGGCCAAUUGGCCGCAAGUAUCUGCGAUCUCAGCGAUGUGGCGGAUAUACGGAAGAAGGUCAACGAAGCUGCCAAUUUCUUGGGUGGACGGAUCCAUGUUCUGAUCAACAAUGGUGGAAUCGCCUCGCCGAAGUGGAAGGAUGGCAAGACCAUGGCCAGCAUGGAGACAUUGGAGCAGUGGCGAGCUUAUAUUGAUACCAAUCUUACUGCACCCUUUGCUGUCUCACAGGCUUGUCUGGAGUACAUGAAGCAGGAAGCAGGUGGCAAAGAGGCUCGCCACGACGACGACAGCGAGGCCGGUCCCUGCAUCAUUCAUAUCGGCAGCUUCCGCGCCCAACACAGCGAUGCCAACCAGGAAGGAUACGCGAGCAGCAAGGCUGGUCAACUAGGCUUGAUGCACAGCAUGGCUGUCAGUCUCCAGCAUUGGGGUAUUCGUGUCAACCUGAUCGCACCCGGUCGCAUCAAGGUUGCGCAUGAGAGUAAAGACGGCGACGAAAAGGGAAUGCAGUGGGCGGAGCAGAACGAUAAUGCGGAUGUGGAAGACCAUUUGACGAAUCGCGCUGGGAGGCCCAAGGAUAUAGCUGACGCGGCAGAGUUCCUGGUGAAUGCUGGAUUCAUCUCUGGCCAGGACAUCACGGUGGAUGGCGGUGCUAGCAAAAAGAAAGCUUGA